AUGUCUGCUGGGCUGAACCUUUCUCAAGUUCCAAAGAAAACAAGAGAAUGGCCUUCGAGCAGGAGUGACAGUUCUGCCAAUAAGAACAAGAAUCGAGUUGCGACAAGACGCAAGCAUCAAGAAAGAGAAUUGAAUCCGUUGAAGAACAAGUUAAAAUCUGGUAUUCACACCAAAGAAGGAAAUUGCAGUACUAAAGACAGUAAAGCUAGCCUUGAAGCACAGCCCAAUCUAUGUUUCCAACAGAUUGGGAAUGAGAUGAAAGCUGAUUAUGAAGAGCACUGCCAUGACACUAUUCUGAUCGCUCGUUGCAUGAUGCAGAUCAAGGCCAAGUUUGAUACUGAUGAAGGUCUGAACUUCAUUCAACAGUAUUACAUCAAUCAAGGACUGAAGAAGUUUUGUGAUGAUGGAAAGGAUGCUGUGGGUAAGGAAUUGAGACAAAUGCACAUGAGAGAUUGUUUCACUCCCAAAUUUGUGAAAGUCAUGACUGCAUCUGAGCGAAAGAAGGCCCAAUCAGCGAUGAUGUUACUCGCGGAGAAGCAAUUCGAAAAGACAAUUAAAGGUUGCCUAGUAUACCAAGGCAAUGGAACUCAUGAAUGGCUAUCGCAAGAGGACACUGCAAGUCCAACUGCUUUGCAGGAAGCAAUCACCACUACUUGUGUUAUUGAUGCACACGAAGGUAGAGAUAUAAUGACAAUGGACGUGCCUAACGCUUUCAUUCAAAGUUAUAUGCCUGAUGCUAAGGAAGGAGAAGAUCGGAUCUACAUGAAAAUCACUGGCAUGAUGGUCCAGAUAUUGAUUGACAUGGCCCCAGAGUAUCGCAAAUACGUUGUAUUAGAGAACGGAAAGCAAGUAAUCUAUGUGCAGGUACUACGUGCUUUUUAUGGGAUGUUGCAAUUGAGCCUCCUAUUCUAUAACAAAGAAGUUGAUGGAAAACAGCAAACUAUCAGAUUUCAUGUUGACGAUCUUAUGUCAAGUCACAUGGAUCCGAAAGUAAAUGACGAAUUUGCCAGGUAG